CCAAUUGAAAUCGAUGGAUUUUAGAUUCUCGGCAGUGAUUGUAUAUCAAAAUGGCACUUUAUCAUCAAACUGUGUGACGUGGAGCAAAGACCUUGUGGAUGUUCAAACUUACGCCGAAGCAGGUCAAGAUUUGUACAUCAGACUCGAUGGAAAGAAGAAGAACAAAAAGUGGCUUAUCAUAGGUCUGAGCGUUGGAGCCGCUGCUGCUCUCAUCAUCAUUAUAAUUGUGGUACUGGUUUGUAUUUGGAAAAGGAAACAAAAGCUAGCAAGAGCGACUGCAGUAAAUGAAAAUGUUAUGGAAUCGCAAACUGAAGAAAAUAUCUUUGGAGCAGAGGAUACAGAGACUCCGCAACUUCCACCCAUGGAUUUUGGAACAAUAUUAAGCGCCACAGAAAGCUUCUCUGAAGCUAAUGAGAUUGGACAUGGUGGAUUCGGUACUGUAUAUAAGGGACGUUUACCUAGCGGGCAAGCAAUUGCAGUGAAAAGACUCUCUGAGAUCUCAAGACAAGGGACUGUGGAGUUCAAAGCCGAGGUGAUGUUAAUUGCAAACCUCCAGCAUAUCAAUCUAGUUAGACUUCUUGGUUGGAGCGUUCACGAGGAUGAGAGGGUCUUGGUAUAUGAAUACCUUGAAAACGGAAGCCUCCACCAUCGACUUUUUGGUGGAGGCCAAAACUCAUGUGAGCUGAACUGGCAGAGGAGAUUUGACAUAAUUAAGGGCAUCGCUCAAGGACUUGCGUAUAUGCAAGAAGGUUCGCGAGACAUGAUUAUUCACAGGGAUCUUAAGCCAGGAAACAUCUUGCUUGAUAGAGGUAUGAUCCCCAAAAUUUCAGAUUUCGGGUUGGCAAGAAUCUGUGACAGGAGCGAGAGGGAGACUAAAACUACGAAGCCGUCUGGUACUUAUGGUUACAUGUCUCCAGAGUACGCAGAGAGUGGGUGGUAUUCAACAAAGUCAGAUAUCUUUAGCUUCGGGGUGAUACUCCUUGAGAUUGUUACUGGAAAGGAGAACAGAGCCUUUUCAUACACGCUGUGCAGAACUAAUCUUCUGAGCUAUAUUUGGACCAACUGGAAUGACGAUAACUGGGAGGAUACUGUUGAUCAAACCAUUGCUUAGAAGUUGCUUAGGAGACUCAUCAUCAUCAUUUCAGAAACAACAAGUCCGAAGAUGCCUAGAAGUUGGUCUCUUGUGUGUUCAGCAAAAUGCAGAGGACAGACCAACUAUGUCGUCGGUGUUAUUGAUGCUUGUUAAUGAUGCAGCUGCCAUCCCAAGCCCUAAACUUCCUGGUUUUUUAAGGGCUGAGGGUCACAAUGAGGCUUCCAUAACGUCUGGUUCUUUAAUAUCUACCGCCAUAAGACUCUCUUCCUCGACAUCACGCCCCAGUUAUUAGAUCGUUUGUUAAUCUGUAAUUUCUUCAUGCUUCUAUAUAUGCUGCUAUAUAUGAUAUUGCU